AUGCCUUCCUCGGAGCGAGACAGCUCCCGAGAGGGAGACCUCCAGCUGAGACAUCAACACUCUGCCUCUUCAGAUCACUUCCGGGCGCUGGUCCCAAUGUGGGAUAGCUCUGAUCCCGAGCGCUGCCCUCCACCGCUGCCUCUGAACCCGGGGUCGCCUCUCUCCUCGCGGGCCGGAACCUCGAGCGCCAUCCAGUCAGCUCACGCUGCGCUUAGUGAGCGUGCGCGAGAGAGCGCCAUGCCUCACCUCAACAGGAGGCUAAACGAUGCCUCGCCUACAAAGAGCAACUCCCACCGCCGUCUACAGUCCUCCUCGGUCAGGGACAUUAGCCUCAUGAUCGAGGGUAACAGCGCCAACAACUCGCCUGCCAGAUCACCAGAGCGACCUAGUCGACCAGAGACGCCCUCAAGGUCGAGGGAACCCCCCGUGGACAACCGACCCAUCGAGAAGGAGCCGGCACCGUCAAACCCAGGUCCCGGUCCUAGCCUGACACCCAUUUUGCGGCCUGCGGUUCGACGGCCACCUCCUCAGAGCAUCUUGGGUGAGAACACACCUCCCCAGUCAUCUACGAUGCUGGCUCUCCAGAACAUGAGCUCCCUAUCACCCACCAAGGAGCCCGAAAACCCUCUCUCCAACAUCACAAACGGCUCAUCGGCUCUGGUGAAGCACCCCCAGAACCUUGAGCAGCUCUCGAACCAGAUUCUCAGCCUCACCAGCAUCGCCACAAAUCUCCAGAAGGAGAUGUCUCAGCUCAGUCGGCGAAGCAGAGACAAUGCUACCGAUCUCCUCAGUCUCAAGGAGGCCACCAACACAAGAGAUGAGGAUAUUCGACGGAGCCUCAGAGAGCUCCUUGGCAGUAGUCAGGGUGGUGGCAACGGCGAUGGUAGCCACCGACUAUCUUCCCGAGACCCCUUUGGCGGAUAUUACCUGGACAACAAGCCACACAACUUGUCUCCCCCUGGCUCCAAGCCAUUCCAGCUCCCAAGAAUCCCUUCCCCCAAGAGCUUCUCCGACUCGAUUGAGAGGGGAUCCAUUAGCACGCCCUCUCUGGCCGGAUCGGAGGCGCCUGCAUCUAUUGCUCUCUUAGAGAAGAUCAUUCGGGACAUGCCUACGAAGGAGGGACAGGACUCUCUUCUUACUCGCCUGCUGGAAGUAUCAAACAAGCUCUCUGGAAUGGCGACGUCUCAAAAGCUGGACGAGGUCAUUGAGCAGGUCAGGGCUCAGUCCGAGCAGGCAAUCGUGCUGGGCAACCCACUUGGAAGCCCUGAUGCGAGCCGGUCUCGCAACCUAAGCUUUGGCGAUGAGCUUAGCCAUAUGGACCUGAUUCCUGGGCAGGCAAGGAGUGCCGUUUCUCAACGUGUUGAACACAUCAUGAAGAAUGAGGCCCGGAGGAACUCCGAACCCGCCAGCCAAAGAGCUAACAUCGUCAAUGACGACCUCAUGGCCAUCAUUCGCUCCGUCAAGGACAGUGUUGCCCAGGGCGGCGGCCUAACUGCCGAGGUCAAGGCUCUCGUCCGAGAGCUCCGUGGCGAGGUUCUUGGCAUGGGCCGUGAGAUUGGCCGCAGACUGGAGCAGCAAGCCUCGCGAAGGAACGUCGACGACCACGAUAGCCCGAGCAAGGAUGAGGUGGCCCGAGUCAUAGAUGAAGGCCUUGAGCAAAUGAAGGACCAGCUUAACCAUGUCCUUCGGGAGCACAGGCGCCAGUCUGCGGCCUCGGUCAACACUCAGAAGAGUGCUGUUGACUAUCAAGAGAUCUACAAUGCCAUGCGAGCGGCCAUCCAGGACAACGAGGCUACCCGUAACAACAUGCCCGAUCUCAGCCGAGAGGAUGUCAUUGAGGCUGUCAGGGAUGCCUGGGAGAACUACAAGCCUGAGAUUGAGGUUCAGCAGCUUGGACUUGAGCGUGACGAGGUUUUGGCUUGCCUGAAGGAAGGCCUUAGAGAGUUCGCUCCAGCCCCUGCUGCUACUAGAGACGAGGUCUUUACAGCCGUUGUCGAGGGCCUGAAGCACUUCGUUCCUCCUCAGGUUGAGCAGCCCGAAACUGCGUCGAGGGAGGAGAUUAUCGACGCGGUCCGUGACUGCUUGGAGGAGUUCGAGUUCCCUGUGGCCCCUGGCAACAAUGAGCUCACCCGUGAGGACAUGGUCAUUGAUGCGACAAAGGACGGCUUUGAGAACCUCCGCAAAGCCAUGGAGUCGUAUGUUGACCGUGCAGCUGGCGUUGCAAGCCAGGAAGACUUCUUGGAUGAUCUGCUGAAGUCUCUGGAUGACUUCAAGGAUGAGGUGGCUGGCCUCGUCGCCAAUGCCAACAUGCAAUCUCGCGAGCAACUCCAGACUGAGCUCGAAGGCCUCCGUGACGUGGUCAACUCUUCGAUGGUGCCCGCUCUCCCUCCCCAACUCAACAACACGGAGGUCCUCGAGGCCCUGAACACAGGCUUCAACAACCUCCGACAGGAGAUCCUCCGUCCCCGGGCUGAGACGAGCGAGAUUCUUGACGCCCUCAACGAUGGUCUCAACGAUCUGCGAGCUGGCAUGGACCGCGUCACCAACAAGCCCGCCGAUUUGACCGCAAAUGACGAGAUUCUCGACGCUCUCAAGACCGGCCUCGACUCUGUUCGAUCCGACAUUGACACUCUGCGUGAGAACAACAACGAGAGAGCCGUUGCUACUCUCGAUGCUCCUCCACAAGCCAACGAUGAGCUCCUCGAUGCCCUCAAGGCUGGCCUGGGUGCUGUGCGCUCGGAUAUUGAAGCACUUCGUGACGGUCAUGCCGAGAAGGCCCUUACGCCAGCUGAGCACAAGGAGAACGACGAGGUCCUCGAAGCGCUGAAGACUGGGCUUGAAUCCAUUCGCGCUGAUAUUGAAACAAUCCGGGAGACCACCAAGGAGCCUGCCGCUGCUGCUCCCGUGGACAACACCACCAACGAUGAGGUCAUCGAGGCCCUCAAGAACGGACUUGACUCCCUGCGGGUCGACAUCGAGGCUCUCCAUAGCAGCCAUGAGAAGGCACUCGCCCCCGUUGACAACACAACCAACGAUGAGGUCAUUGAAGCUCUGAAGAACGGCCUUGACUCUCUCCGGGUCGACAUCGAAGCCGUGCGAGACAGCAGCGACAAGGCUGUUGCUCAGGUCGACAAUCACACAAGCGAUGAGUUCAUCGAGGCCCUCAAGAACGGAUUGGAGUCUCUCAGGGUCGAUAUCGAGGCCAUCCGGGACAGCAACGAGAGAGCUGUCGCGCCUGUCGCGCCUGUCGAUAACACCUCCAAUGACGAGGUUAUCGAAGCCCUUAAGAAUGGCCUCGAUUCUCUCCGAGUUGACAUUGAGGCGUUGCACAGCAGCCACGAGAAGGCUGUUGCCCCAGUUGAUAACACGACCAACGAUGAGGUCAUUGAAGCCCUCAAGAACGGCCUCGACGCCAUUCGCACAGACAUUGAGACCCUCCAGGAGAACCACGACAAGGCUCUUGCCCCUGUUGCUGAUACCAAGCCCAACGAUGAGGUUCUUGAUGCCCUCAAGACCGGACUGGAGUCUCUCCGGUCUGAGAUUGAGUCCCUCCGUGAUAGCAACGACCGCGCAGUCGCCCCUGUUGAUGCUGGCUCCGACGAUAAGAUUCUGGAUGCUCUCAAGUCUGGUCUGGAAUCUGUUCGCUCAGACAUUGAAGCCCUUCGAGAUAACAACACCGAGCGUGCUCUCGGCCCCGUCCUUAAUGACAGGGAGCCGCAAGACAUCCCAUUGCCCCCUGACACGGUGCGCCACGAUGAUAUCAGGAACCUCGAGGUCCUGAUCACUGAGCUGCGCGUGAAGGUUGAGGCCCUGGAACCCCAGAAGGAGGGCGUCCAGAAGGAUGAUCUGACUCGAAUGGAGGAGAUGAUCCGCAACGUCCAGGAUACCGUCGAUGACAUUGGCUCUCGUGAAAUGAUGUCAACGCGAGCUAUCCCAACCGAGAAGAAGGAGCGGUCUGAGGCCGCCAUCCUUGGUGACCCUGAGGACGCCGCCACCAAGGAGGAUGUUCAAGCCAUCGAGACCAUCUUGCGCAACACCAAGGGCAAGCUUGAUGACCUCAUUGACGGUGAUCAAGCCGUUCGCAAGGACCACAUCGACAACGUUGAGACUCUCCUCCUCGAGACACGUGAGACUAUGGGAUCCAUCACAACUCAGAUGGAGACGGUCUCCCGCAAGGAGGAAAUCACUGGUCUCGAGACUCUCAUUUCCCAGAUCACCACCGGCCUUGAUGAGUUGAAGGGUCGUCUUGACAAGGAGAGCGAGAACCCUGACAAGGUUGUCAAGGCUGACGUCGAAACCGUCGAGGCCCUUGCUCUUGAGAUCAAGACCGCUCUGGACGGAUACAUCAACACUGAUCUCGCCCUUCUUGCCCGCAAGGAGGAUGUGUCAGGCCUGGAGGCUCUUGUUGCUCGGAAGGAGGAUGUCACCAGCCUCGAAACCGUCGUCAAGGAGUUCCAGGAGAAGCUGGACACCACUGUUGAGGCCCAGACCAAGGCCAUCGCGGUUCGCGACGAAGAGACCACCAAUGUUGCUGAGCGGGUGAACGAGGUCAAGAACUUCCUUGAGGAGCUUCAAGGAGCCAUCAACACUAAGCUUGAGGAGGGAGCCUCUGGUGUCGAGGGCGUCAGCAAGCUUCUGGAGACCAUGGGCGAGAAGAUUGACAAGAACGAGAAUGUCCACCAGGAUCUCAAGGACAUGCUCGACACCAUCAAGAGCGAGUUUGAGGACUCCAAGGCUGUCGUGGCUGGUGUCAAGAUCGAGUCCAACGAGAAACUUCAAGAGACCACCGAGUCCCUGGGCAACAAGAUCGACGAGAAGAUCGGCGAGCUCAUCGCCAAGUAUGAGUCACUUUCGACCCAGCUUGAUGAAAGGAGCAAGGUCAGCGAGGCUCGGGAUGAGGCUGUCGAGGCGGCUGUCGUUGGCUCCAAGGCCGUCACAGACGAACUCAAGCUCCUCAUCGAUACUCUCGGCUCGACUGUCACUGACUCUCUUGAGAAGAUGGAGGAGGCUUCCAAGACUGUCUUCACAAAGGUGGAGGAGCUUGUGACACGCAACGAGGAGACCCACACCGAAGACAAGGCUGAGCAUCAACAAACCCGGGACCAGAUCUCUCUGGCCUUGUCUGUCGUGGAGGGUCUCAAGGGUGAGGUGACUGAGGGACAGCCUAAGAUCAUGGAGGCUGUCAAGGACCUCCUCCUUCUCGUCAGCGAGCACUUCGAGCACUCCAAGACAUCUGUCACGGACAUCCAGGAGAAGCUCGUUGAGAACAAGCCCCCGGAGAUCCUCAGCACUCUUCUCCCCCCCGAGAAGUAUGACAACACCGAGGUUCACGAAAAGCUCAACAACCUCGUGGAGCACAUCUACAACGACUCAGAAGUCCGCGAGCGCCUCGACAAGAUCAUCGAGGAGAAGUACGAUGACACCGAGGUCCGUGGAAAGCUGGACAAGAUCAUUGAGGACAAGUACGACGACGCUCAAGUUCACGAGAAGCUUACCACCAUCAUCGGACACAAGUACGAUGAUUCGGAGGUCAAGGAGAAGCUUGAGAAGAUCAUCGCAGACAAGUACGAUGAUGCUGAAGUGCGGACCAAGCUCGACAAGAUUAUCGAGGACAAGUACAACGAUGCUGAAGUCCGUGAGAUGCUCAACGUGAUCAUCGACCAGAAGUACGACGAUGCCGAGGUUCGCGAGAAGCUUGGCUUCAUUCUGGAUCAGGUCAUCGAGAGCAAGUACGAUGAUACAGCGGUCCGCGAGAAGAUCGACUGUGUCAUGGAUCAAGUUAUCCAGCAGAAGUACGACGACAAGGCGGUUCAGGACAAGCUCGACCAGAUUAUCGAGGACAAGUACGACGACUCUGACGUCAAGGAGAAGCUCGGCCUUCUCAUUGACCUUAAGUAUGAUGACACUGUGGUGCACGAGAAGCUCGACAAGCUCGUUGACCACAGCAGCACCACUGACCAGGCCCUCACUCGUCUGGAGACUCUUGACAAGGUUCACGCCUCGGUCGUCCAGACAGCGGCUGACAUCUCUGAGUUCCUCUCUGCCCAGAAGCAGCGCAUUGAGCAGGCACACGAGGAUCACGAGAAGACACUCCGUGAGACCAUGGCAUCAGUGGAGCGCAAGCUUGCUGAGAAGGACCACGUUGAGGCGUCCGUCAGCAGCUUGCGUGAGGAGGAGGAGAGGCUUCGACAAAGUGUCAUGAGCCUGCGAACCGAGCAGGAGAGUCUCAUCCGACAGAAGACUCGCCUGACGGGAGACGUCUCCUCACUAGAGACUGCCCUUCGGGUGCGCAAGGAGGAGCUCUACGAUAUGGAGUCUCGUGCUGAGAACCUUGAGCGCCGCAUCCUUGAGGGUGUCAUGGAUCACUCUCGAGUACUUCUCAUGUCGAAGGCCAACAAGAACAGCGGCGACGCUAUGAGCCGCAAGCGUGUCAAGAAGCCUGCCACUGAGACCGACUCUUCCCAGCCUGCCCGCAAGUCGAUGGUGAGCAUGGCUCUCAACGCCAAGCGAAACCUGGCAGCUCCUGCGCAGACUGGCAGUGCCCGAAGAAUCGUCUCUCUCAGCCAGAUCAACAACAACGUAGUAUCUGGUGGUGUCAAGCGCAGCCAGAGUGUGCGAACACCAAUGGGCGGUGGCAAGGCAUACCGGAAGAGAAGUUUGGGUGGCCACCUCGACAAGGGUCCAGGCGACAAUGAUAAGGAGAAUGUCGUCGGCCUUGGCGAGGCGGUCGAGGAGUUGGACGAAGCUGAUGCCCGAGGUGCAGCACCAGAAGCCGAAGAGCCUGGCGCCGGGGACACGACAGUGCUGCACAACGACGAGGCUGGCGACAGCGACAACGAGACGCUGCGAAGGAGCAGCAGGGGGACGGUCGUCACCAACAGUACCGACAUGUAUACAGAGGGUGAUGAUUACAGCGAGUACAGUGACGACACAGGGAGCGAGUGGACAGAGAGCGCGGUAGGAACCGACGCGGGGUCCAUACAGGAUCAGGGUAAUGAGGUGGUGGUUUACGGAUCAUAG